AUUUAUUUAUCUGCUUAAUUAUUAUCACCCGCACUCUACAAUGUUCCGUCUCUCAAUGCUCCAAAUUUAUGGAUUAUGGAAGCAAGCAACGUAAGAAGACCUUCACAGGAUGCUGGACUUGUAGGUCCCGCCGGGUCAAAUGCGAUGAGCAGACGCCAAAAUGUCAGAGGUGCAGGCUGUUCGGCGUCGAGUGCGAGGGUUAUGGCGUACGACUUACCUGGUUAACCAGCCAGCGUGAAGGACACUUCAGUGCCGAAGUCGACGAAGCCUCCCGGCCGAGACGCAACAUGCGGGUAUUUGACAAUCCCGAGGCCUGCUUAGCUCCACUUUGGUCAGAUCUUGAGGUUGAUGCCAUGCUAAAUCGGAUUGAUGAUUGUCCUUCCGAAUCAUCCAGGAUUGAGCAUGGCGUUUUCUCGGUCUUUCCAAUGCAGCCGCCAAAGGCAGUGACCUCCAUACUUGAGCUUGACACUCGCGGAAAUUCGGGCGGCGACAGAUCGGAGACUAGUACGGCGUCCCAUCCGGCCAGUCUGCGGCCUGGCGCCAAUUUGUCCAACAGUUCGACUAUUCAAAAUCAACUCAGCCUUGCUCAAUGUUCCGUGGCCAAUGCAGGCGACUUGAACUUAACAGCACUUGCGCAUAACGCGAAGGAAAUAGUAGCAGGCACCCUUACUGCUGAGAAUGCCGAACUGCCAUCGCAGGAUCGUCAUGGCCGUGGCAAUGCGGCGGUGGACAUCCAUGACUUGGGUCGCACUAGCCCAGUACAGCCUAUUGCACAGCAACCUCCGAGACACCUAGAUAUGCUCCAGAUACCUUCUUCGGAGAAACGAUUGAUACACCACUGGGUUGCUUAUACUAGUGGGAAGUUGGUCCUUGUCGACGAGGCCCAUAACCCAUGCCGAUCAAUGAUGUUACCAAUGGCCCUUAAAGGGCUCAUGUCAAAGUGGAAUGAUUCUACAGCGGAUAUAGCUGUCUUUCACGCCAUCUGUGCGGGUGCGGCCUAUAAUUUGUUCGAACUGGGCGGGAGAAAAUCCGAUGAAGACAAGGCCCUUGCUUGGAGGCAUGAUGAACUAGCCAUCCACCAUUUGCGGCACAACCUUGUCCAAGCCGACCAACAACGCACCCAGUCUUUGGGUAUGGCAAUCAUGGCAUGCAUAACCAUCGAAGCUAUCUCUGGCAACACGAGCCGGUGGAGAACCCAUCUUGAUGGUGCCUUAGCAUACCUUAGUGAGUUACGGCAGACGGUGAUCGGCUUAGAGGUUUCGCUGGCCUUCCAGAUCCACCUGGUCCCCAUGGCAAUAUUCUGCGGGUAUCAAGUGCCAGCUGAGCUCAAAACCUUUUUGGAAGACGAUGCAGAGAAGCUCGAACUUUCUUUUCCGUACUACGGAAUAUCACAGUCGUUCCUGAGACAUCUAGAUUACAUCAACACAUUUGCAUCUUCAACCAGCACACCUAAUCAGAAUGAGCUAGACGCCAUUGAGCUUCAGCUUUAUCUAGACUUUCCUUCGAACAGCGGUGGUACACAAUCGGCGGCUCACACAGCUAUAUUACACUAUAUGACGCAGGCCUUUUACUAUGCAUUGUUGGUAUACUACCAGCGGUCUGUUCAACGCGCGGCGAUCUCUUCUGUGCACACGCUUGUUGAGAAGGGUCUGCUGCAACUGGAAGCAAUCGAAGCUGCAACGAAGGGGACAUCAGGUUCGGUUAUGAUGUGGGCACCUCUCGUGUUGGGUGCGGAAUGCAGCACCACGGACCAGCAACGCCGGAUGCGAAGCUGGUUUGCGAUAAAAAGAAGACUUGGCUUCAGAAACAUUAUCAUCCUGGAGGAAAUGAUAUACGACAUAUGGGAAAAGCGAGCACGCGGUGAUGAACAGACUACCUGGCAAGACUUGAUUGUCAAAGAUAGGUUUGACGUCUUUCGACUUUGAUGCUGGUUUAAUAUAGCCCGGGAUUGGAUGAACCUCAACAUAUCUCACAUUUACCUUAGCCUCAGGAGCGUAAAGUUCCGGAGCUGACUCGAAAGGCUUAAAAAUAGUGGCACUCAAGUCAAUGUGUCUUUCACUUGGCAAGUAAAUACGACUCACCUUCAUAAAAAACCGAUGGAUUCAAAAUUCGUUGCGACCGAAUGAUAUCGAUGGCCACCCGUUUCCCAAAUGCGGUUGU